AAGGGAGGGUCAUUAGAUCUUGCCUUCAUCGUAUCGAUUCUGUUGCUUCUCCUUUACUGAUGGGAGAACCACCAAAGGAAGCGGGUGUUCUCAACAGGAGACGUUCGGCAAGCAAUUUUAAAGUUACCUCCCUUACAAGAGCGCGAUACUAACACCCCUCAUAAAGAUAGUAAAAGGAGGAAAUCUGUUCGCUUUGAUAAUUCUUUGAACACCAGAACUGAGUACGAGAGGGAGGAGCAAUGGGGGGAGCCUUCACCGACCUAUCCUCCUGAUCUUAACGAAACGGCAUCCCCUCGUGAAACAUUCUCAUCCUUUCAAACCAGCCCCAGCGAGACUUUUCCAAGAAAUUUUUUAGAACACUAUGGGAAACCGAUAGUCUCCUCUUCUGGUACCCCAGACGACUAUGAUUGUCGAAUUCAAGGUUCUAGUGAUGGCAAUAUACAAACUGAAAGGGACACUCUUACUGCCGAUUAUCUCCAUGAAGAAGUAACUUUUGCUAAGAGAAGAAGCAGCAUUGGCACGGAAAUGGAAUUAACUGUUUGUCUAGGCGGGUUGCUAAGCGAAGAUCAAGUAGAGUUCUGCCCCAACACUUCGGAAUCUCUUCCACCUUUAAUAACAGGAAGCAAUUUGGCGACCGCGGAGCGUCUUAAAGAGUCGCUCAGCGAUGAACAGUCACGAACCUCUUUUAAUGUAGAAAGAAGGAAAAGUUUUAGGGAGGAAAUGGAAAUGACGGAGUGCUACAACGGUUUGCCUAGAGCAGAACUAACAAGAUCUGUGGCAGGAAAACAGUUGGACGUGUCGAGGGAAGCUAUAGAGGAGCACAUGGACUUGACUGUUUGCCACAACGGGGCACUAAUUGUGCAAAGCAAAGAUUCCGAAGGAGAAAUGGAUACAACUGAUUGUCACGGCGGCGUACUCAGUGAACUCCUCGAAAACGCCACAACUGAGCAGCGAAGAAAAAGUAUAGAUGGAAGGAUGGACAUGACCGAGUGCCAUGGCGGCCUGUACAGCGAAUUAUCCGUGCUGAAGGACGCGGGAAGCGUAAACGAUAGAGAUAAACAUGUGAACAUGACGGACUAUUGUGGCGGCUUGCAGAGUGUUAUUUCCGUUCGACCGGAAAGAAAAAGUUUGGGAGGAGACAUGGACAUGACAGACUGUUACGGGGGAUUGCAAGGCGAAGGACGAAGAGAAAGUCUAGGAGAAGUCAUGGGUAUCACCGACUCUCAAGGAGGGGCUCUCCCCCACGCUCCUUCGGAAAAACUCACGCAGGCAGAAGAGAUUACUUGCAGCGAAUUGGAAGAGCAAACAGGGAGCUUUGCGGUGGAAAGCAACAUCGAUGACCACGUGGUGACACCUGUCGCUCUCGGGGCAAGUAAAGAGAAAAUGGAACUGACGGCCGUAGUUGGAGGCGUGGCCGAAGCGCCAGUGCUGCCCGAUGUUACUCAGAACGGUGAGACUAUGGAAUAUACACAGCUUUUAGGAGGAAAAGAGGAAAAGCCGAACUUUCAUUUCACACUGAAUGAGUUUUUGAGUUUAUGCGAAAUUCGAUUCUAUGAUAACAUGAAUACGAAUAGACGCACGACACUUGGCACUGAGCGAGUGUGCCCCACAGACACGUUGUUUCAGAGACUGUGUUUGGCCGCCAUCCAACUUCCCGAGUUGAAAGCCAUUGAGAAAACUUGCAGCCAAAUACUACAUCGAAUCAACGGAAUCAAAAGCGACGUGGAUUUUAUUGUUUCCGAGAUGCAAAGGAAGACUCCCGAUAUUUUAUUCGUUCUUCUAGAAGAAGAAAGUUCCCAGAAGACAGAACUUUUAGAGAAACUAAGAGAACUCAAGUCAUACAAAAGGCUUGAAGCAAGAAAAAUCUACCAUCAAAUCCGAUUAACGUUAGAGCAGGAGUUGCAUGACUCCUUUUUACACUGUUCUGAAUCGUUAAAAGCUGAUUGCGAAGUCUACAACUCCGAGUUUGUUGAGCUGCUUAGAGCUAAAAAUACAGCGCUUGAUGCUUAUGUCGACUCUUUAGAAAAAGAGCUUGCCUCCUUUCAGUCUGCCAUUCUGUCACCCGAACAAUACGAGCAGCUAAAUACCUUUUACAAGUCGGCCUGCGAACAGGAGGAAGUUCUUCGUAAAUAUGACAAAGCUCUGAAUCAGUUAGAAGAGAGUCAUAAAGAACUCAGCUCUCACAUGCAAAGCCUACUGGCCGAUAAAAGCCAGUUAGAGGAGAAGUUGUCUCAAGUUCAAGAUGAGUUGAAUGGAUUAGAAAUCCUUAAUACUACUAAAAGCUCUAUAACAUGGGAGUCCAUAGUUAAGCAGCAAAUAACGCUAGAGAUUCUUCGCGGGGUUGUGGAGCACAAGAUAAGCGCGUUCACAGAAAAUAUUAUCGAGUUUGUCGCUCCACGUUUCGGAUCAAAGCUCCGAAUCGAACUCGACACGAGCCGCAUUACAGAAAAUAAGUAUUGGAUUCAAAAUAUUAAGCUUUCCUUUGAAGACCACUCGACCACUCACUCUCUUUUCCACCAAUUAUAUGAGGCGUUGGGAGUGCCGAAUAUUUUUGCCAGCUACAAAGACACGAGCACGCUUUCCGAGCUCGUCCACCAGCUUGACUUCUUUCUGGGCAGAAUUUAUUACUUUGCCAGCGACUUUUCGAAGGUAAGCGUGUUUAAGGACGCCACAUGGCGGGUCGAAGGAGAGAAACUGGCAGUGGCAGUUUCGUUUGUGGAGCCUAUUCGGGGUGUAAAAGUUCUUCUUAAAUUUUUAAAUGCUACUCAGUUGGUUCUGGACACGGGCGCUAUCGACUACUCGCUCAGCGUUUUCUUAGGAAGUUUGGACCAAAAUAUUAUAGCUGAAAUUGUAAAAGAAGCUAGACUUCAACACAACAAACUCUCCUUUAUUUGUGAAAAGAUCGAUCACUAUUUUAAGACUCUCUGCUAA